CUGUACCACACACUCGGGCAGCAGCAAGGCCGCCAGGAGGAGCGGUACAGACAGUGGCUCAUUGCUGACCGCGAGCCAAUCGUGGGCACUGCAGGCUGAGUGCAAACAGCUUUGCGCAGCUUGAUGAUGGCCAUGGCCAUGGGCUGAGGGGCAUUGCCUCCAGCUGUACACCCUACCCGUACGAGCAGUCGUGGAAGUGUCCACCAACUCGUGCUGCUCCCAUGCCAGGCCAGACCAUGUGGCCACUUCACCCGCCUACGACACCUGUUCUGCGACCUUCUCAGCCGAGCAGCGCGAGUUAUCAUCAGCAGCGACCAGAACAGCCGCCGAGAGGGCGCGCAAUGGAACAUGUACGCUCAGACUUCGAGCGAGAUGGCUGGUCUCCAGAAAGAUCUGCAUGGAAGUUGUCCUCGAAUGCCACCAAGGCCCCACAAACGACCUCGCCAGCACUGGACAUGUCUUUCCUGGAUUGCUUCCCGAAAGGCGAAGUCACCAUCUCAUAUCCAAAUGCAGAUGGCGCCAUCCAGCGCAUUCAUGGUAUCAAUCGAGGCAUCCUCGAAGAUCGCAGCGCCUUACUGUCAUCGGCUCUCGAUGGAAAUGGGCUCCAUCUUGAAGCUGUGUCUCACCUGACUAUCAAACCCUUUUUACAAUUCAUGUACACCGGUUGCUACACUCUGCCCACGCCAGCUGGACGACCCUUCGAAGACGUGCCCACUUCUCUGCUGGUCCACUGCCACAUGCAUCGUCUUGGCGACAUCUACAUGAUGCCUGAUCUCAAGACCCAGGCAUACGCUAACAUUGUGCGUCAAUGCGAGUAUGGCUGCUCCUCUCCAGAUGCGCCCAUUCAUUUGUGCCAGGCCAUCGAAUACGUGUACACCAAUAUGCGAGAGCAUGCCGAUGUCAUCGAAACCAUCAUCGCAUACUGCGUAACCUGCUUCUCGCGGCACCGCCUAGGCACGAGCUUUGAUUUCCGCAGAAUUGCAUAUGACUUGCGACCAUUUCACCAGGAUCUGUGUAAGGUCAGCAUGGAAAGACGAUUUGAAGAUAACGACACUGCACAAGCUAUCAUUCAGAUGCCUUUCAAACCAUAUGCGCCAGCCGCCUACGCCUCCCGCAACGAUGAAAGAGCCAGACAAGUGUUUGACGAUGUCUACCACUUCCACGGCGACGACGGGUUUGCGAACACACACAAGCGGCGGCCCAGUGACAAGGUGCCGGGUGAAAAUGGCGGUGUACCAGUACUACCGAACGAAGGCAUUGAAAAUGGUAGAUCGAUAGCCGGCUCCAGCUCAGAGCCGCAAGAUCUUGUUCAAAGCUCUCCGACGGCCGGACCAAGUCGUGCUGGAAUGCAAAAACUCACCCUGCUCCAGAGGAGGGGAGCUUCGGAGCCUUAUCCGCCUAUUUUUCCAGUAAACGCUCAGGACAGAGUUCGUGCGCAGCAGCUGCUCGAUUUAGGUCUGCCGCAGCCCGAUAUACCACAGUCCGACUCAUGCUCUUACCUAGACUACUUAGAACAGAUGAAGUGGAAGGAGUCCAGAGCUCAAAGAGCCUCCUCGCACGCACUGCCCGUGGCCAAUCAGGUGAUCGUUGGGACUGGGCCAGUCCUGGACACAACAAUGCCACGACAGGUACCAGUCGAACAAGGGAAGAAAGCCUCAGAGUCGCAGGAAGAAGUAAAAGAGGAGGAUGCAGAGGAUCGUGAUGAGUACAAAUUCGUCUCCAGCCCAGUCAAGACUCUUGCUUUUGAGACGGAGUCUGAUCACGAUUUUGUCAAAGUCGACCUGACUCCUACCAAAAUGGCCAUGGAUGCUGAGAAACUGCGACCUGGAAGUCCAUAUUUCAAUAUUACCAGUCCCGGAGACUGGCCAGACGCUGGGAGCAGUGAGGAUUCGGAGUGGGAUCUGGUCUAGAAUCAGCUGCCAUCGCAGUGAAUGUCUCACACCGCCUUGGUCUUGGAAAGAUUUGCAGAAUCGGGUCAUCGAUCGGAGCUGUGGUGUGAAUGUAAGCCCGAAUACACAAGAGAAGAAAUAUCCCGAAGCCCGAGAAAGAAGAGUGGAUCGUCACUGGUUGGCAAAGGUAUACUGUUUUUGUAAUAUUUUGAAGCGGCGUUGGAAAAUGCGAGCCAAAGAGAUGGAAAUCCACGACUGAUGAAAAGAUUAUGAAGCGUUUGAAUAAUUGAUCGCAUACAGAACCAGAAUCAGAAUACAAACGAAUGCAGUUCGAACUUGCAGACUUCGCCAAAAGAGAUCGACAACGUGCGGUGACGGGUAUUGCGGGCAACACCUCGUGCUUCUGUCUCGGUGAACGGGAAACAGAUUCUCGGCUCCUCAGAG